AUGGCGUUUGGCGAGGGGUACCUCUUUGCUGAUUCGAGACCGAGUCUGGCUGGCUUCGUUGCGCCCGCGAGCUCAAGUCGACACGGGUGUGCAGCACGAACGCGUCUGUGUGCGCGAGGCGUUUCGCACCCGGGACGCCAGGAGCGGCUGUUUGUCGGGCGUUUCCGAAGUGUCUGCUGGGGGUACGCGAAACUGCGCAGGCCGGUUGGAGUUGGUCCGCUCGCCUGCUCCAUGACGGCUAGCAUUGAAGUAGAGCGCAAGUUUGUGCUGUCUCCAGAACUGACCCAACGGUUGCUGGAGAGGCUCGAGUCGACGUCGAUCGUGUCAGAGAAACGUCGGCUGCGUACUGCCUGCUUUACGGAUACCUAUUUUGACGUACCAGAUGCCUGGGCGCUAACACUGCGCGACUGGUGGCUACGGCAACGUGAGCUGCAGUGGCAGCUCAAAAUACCUUGGGGAAAAACGCCACGCACAGCUACGCUGGACACUUACCGAGAGUUGGACGAGUUCGCAGACGUGGAGGCUGCGCUCGGGUGGAGCCCGGACACGGCUCUUCGGGAAGGCCGCAUAGCACCGUUUGCCCGGAUCGUGACAGAGCGCGAAACUUUACAAGUCGUUUAUCGCGGGCAGACCUUGAACAUCGAUCUGGAUCGGACGGAUUACGGUUACACCGUUGGCGAAAUUGAAGUACUGGUUCUAUAUCGCGAUAACGAUCGAUUGCUUAGCGGAACCAGUCCAAUCAUGCAGGAGGCCGUUGCGUCAGCGAAAACGCUGAUUCAGUCAUUCGCGGAUGAGAUAGGCAUUGCAUCGACAGAGACAAUCGUGCGGGGAAAAUUAGCGGAGUACAUUAGACGCUUUCGUCCCGAGCAUUACAGAGCGCUCGUGCGUCAUCGCAUUCUACCUGAUGCGGGCGCACCAAUGGAGCCCUAG